AAUUUCCCCAUCCGAAACCCUCGCAGCAUCCGCCCACCAUGCCGCCGCCGCCGCCGCCGGCGCUGCCGGACGAGCUCCUCGAGGAGGUCUUCUUCCGCCUCCCGCCGGACGAGCCCGAGCACCUCGCGCGCGCCUCCCUCGUCAGCAAGGUCUGGCUCUCCCUCCUCUCCGACUCUCGCUUCCGUGCUCGCUACCGCAACUUCCACGGAGCUCCCCCAAUGCUGGGCUUCCUUUGUUCCCGGCGCUCGAACUCCGUCCAUGAGGUAGAAGAUAACAUCCCACACUUCUUCCCCACCACGAAAUUCCCUGUGCGCAUUCCCGACGACGACUGGGGGCGAUGGAGGUACACUGCGGCCGCGUUCUCCUCGGCGAUGACUCUUGCGGCCCCCUUUCGCUCGUCGUUUGGGACCCCAUGACGGGCUGCCGGAGGGAGCUGGACCCACCUGACCACUUGGGCAGAAGCUAUGGGGCAGCGGUGCUCUGCCCCGUUGCCGGCUGUGACCACCGUGCGUGCCACGCAGGCCCCUUCCAGGUGGUCUUCAUCGGUGUGGACAUGAUGGAAGAUGGAUGUCUUGUGCGCGCUUGUGUGUCCUUGCCGGUGGCGGGAGGUUGGAGCAAGCCCUGCUCUGAUUUUUGUUUUAAUAAGUGGAGCGAGCCGUGCUCUGCUCUUCAUCUUGGGUCUACAUUUUGGGACGGAAUGUCUCCUGUCUCCGUCGAAGAUGCACUGUACUUCAAGCUCGACUAUUUCGGAGAUGAUCACAUGGCAAUUCUCAAGUAUGACUUGGGAUCUAACUGCUUAUCACUGAUUGAUGCACCGUUUGCCGGGUCUAUCCUUGUCAAUGCCGCUAUCCUCAUGGCGAUGGAUGAUAACAGUUUGGGGUUUGCACAUGUGGACAAGGUAACCCUCCACUUGUGGUCAAGACAGGGAGGUUCCGAUGGAAUUGGGUCAUGGACUCAGCGUACAGUCAUCGAUCUUAAUAACCAUCUCCCCAUUCAAAAUCCCAAUAAAAGAUUUAGAUUGAUUGGAUCUCUGGAGGGCACAGAUAUCAUUUUUGUGACCAUGGGCCUUGACAUCUAUGAGAUUAAUCUCAAGACAUUACGGUGGAAGAAGCUACAGAAGAGAGAAAAGCUUUGUGGUCUGAUUCCGUACAUGAGUUUCUACAAUCCACAAGGUAUAUUUGUAUUUGCUGAGAACAGGAUGAUCAUAGGACCAGCAUCAUGAUUGUGGCAAGUUGUGCUGCUGUCAGCCCUCCUCUUAAUGCAGAAGCAAAAUGUCUUCUCUGUCCAACUGUGUUUGCAGAACUAAUCCAGAUUCAGCAGAUCAGCUCCUAACAGAUAAUCAAACAUUAGCUGCAGCUGCAGCUGCGGCUUCAGGUAACCUCUGUUCCAAUCCAAGGCACUGCAAAAUUCGACCAGAUGCAGAUUUCUUCCAUGCUUAUAAUGAUCUACGAUUGAUGAUAUAUCGCAUCUCUAGAAAUAUGAAUGGCGUGGUGCAUAAUUUUGCUAAACUCUUUGAAACUGUCUAUUAUCCCCCUCUGCUUAUUGUACUAGUUCACUUCAGCUCACAGUGCUGUGCAAUGGCCAUUGUUGCUCAGGCUGAGCACUUUGUUCAUAGAUGUUAAAUAUGUUUGAAUUUGGAAUAAAUUAAUGUUUGGUCAGAGAUUGCAAGGGCACAAUGAUCAUUGCUAUAUUUUUAUUAAACGUGUCUGACAGCAUUAUUUUGUAAAUCCUGUAAAUUAGAAAAAAUAACUGAAGCCAGCAAACUGCAUAUAUAUGUAGGAGUUCCUCAUUUGAAUGUAAAUGAGGUGUGGCAUGUUGUUGCAGAUGAAAGUGGUGGUUUAGCAAAAUGUGUGGAUUUUGCAAUCAACUCUAAUGUUAAAAUUGUGCAUAUACUGGGCACUGACAUGUCAACUAAGAUGAGGGAGGUUACUGCCAAGCAUGCUAAAAAAACAUGUAUUCACAAAGACAAGGUGCAUAUUUUCUAUCUGGCAGCCCAAGCAAAAGUGCUGUUGUGUUCACUGCUGUUGGAGACGCCAGAUGUUUAAUAUCGGAGAAGUUUGUUUCGGUUGAUGAUCUUACAGAAAUGGAGAAGCAUUUGUUCAUUUUAGGAUAUAGCACAUGCAGCAGUGAAACAAGAAUAGGAAGACUGGGAGAAUGUCUCUGGCCUCUGACAGUGAAACACUUUUGGAGAACCCGUCACAGCUCUUCAAUAUGAGAUCCCCAUAAUUGUGCAAAAAUCAAUUUUACCAAUUGCCACUGGUGGUUUAGAUUUGUGACACGUGGACAUACCAUCAGGUGAUAUUUUGUCCGUUGAACCAUCGUGUGCCAUAGGAUCCU